AAUAAAUAAUAAAUAAGUAAUAGACAGACUCGUUGAUGCUUGCUCAGCCGUCACUUGGUCCUUCUUCAAACCAAACCAGAGGAAGAAGAGGAAAGACGAAUUAGUGAAAGAAAGAGUCGGGGGAGAAUGCAGCCGGCGCUUAAAGCCAAUUGUUCACCCUUGCCCUUGCCCUCGCCCUCGCCGGGACAGGCUUUUCAUUUUCAGGGGAAGAGAGUGGGCAAUUACGAUUACGAGGCUGCUGCUGGUCCAGUUGGAAAAUGGAAUUUCAUCUUCCCAAGGGAUGUGAAGUUGAAAUGGUUAGCGACGCCACUCGUGGCUGCAGUCGUAGCCUUAUCUCCUCCUAUCUGCUUCCCUCCUCCAGCAGUGUCGGCGGGGCAAACGGUAGAUGUUGAGAAAGGAGGCUCCAGCUUGUUCCGGCGAGCAUGCAUUGGAUGCCAUGAUGCUGGAGGGAACAUAAUACAGCCGGGGGCUACACUUUUCUUGGAAGACCUUCAAAGCAGGAAUGGAGUCGAUACAGAAGAGGAAAUAUUUAAAGUGACGUACUAUGGGAAAGGAAGAAUGCCAGGGUUUGGGGAGAAAUGCACGCCCAGAGGACAAUGCACAUUCGGGCCUCGACUAACUGAAGAUGAGAUUAAAGUGUUGGCUGGAUUUGUGAAGUCGCUGGCUGAUCAAGGCCUUGGAGGAGGAGGAUGGCCCAGCACCACCACCAUGCAACCAUCUGAACCGCGCCCUUAAUUCAUUUCAAGCUUCCCUGCCUCCCAAUAUUCACAAGUAAUUACCAUAUACCUAUCUAGCUACCUCCUCAUAUAUAAUUAAAUUAAACCAUGCACAUCAGUACUGUAUUUGAAAUGUUUGCCCCACAAUUAGUUGGGACGUUACUACUUUACUCUUUACUUAGGCAUCAUGAAUACAUCUUAUCUGAAAUGAACUUUUUUAAGUUCACUUUUGGCUACAAAUUUCUUGUAGCUUCAAACUAUGGGUUGUUUUGUAACAAUUAAUAAAUUUUAUUGAUAAUGGAGAUAGAUUGAAAACUGUUGAAUAAUAAA